GACGACGGCAGGUAGAAGCUACGACGGCCAUUGGGGCUUUAUAAUUCAGGCGCUCGACCCGUCUUCCAACACAUCAACUCUGCAUUUGACAACCAGCCCCCCAAGCAGCCUCCUACCAGCCCCCACUAGCCUGCCCAUUAUGACCGCACAAUCCUACGCUGGCUUCUUAUUUGGCGUGAUUACCAGCACGUUUGGUGCGAAUCCGGAGCCAACUGUAACCGCUAGGGAGGACAGGAGAAGGAUAGCGGCUUCCAAGCCGAAGCCAAAGAGUACUAGAGUGCGUCGUCGGCGGUGGCCGACGAUGCCCGGCUCCUUCCGCGCUCUGACUCCGGAGCCGGUCCCAGAGCCUGCUCAACCCACAGCGCUGGAGCCACCGACGAAGCGGCGGCGGCUCUCCAAGGAAGACUCGUUGGCGAUCGACGAGGUGAUCGAGAAGCUGGAGCAGGAGAUGGAGGUGCUGAAGACACGUUUGGCGAGGACCAACCAGGCUCCUCGCCAAAGUUUCAAGCUACCUGAGCGCGCAUCCGAGAAAACGAGGACGCAGAAUGAUAGUCGUUCUUUGAUUGCCCCUCGACGAGACAUGAGCCACGUAUUCGAUGAGCUCAAGCAUACUAGCCCUACGCAGCUCUUCUCGCAAGAGCUUGAGGAGGCCUUUAAGAAGUCCUCGCACCGUAGAUAUAAUGAAGAUCCCAUCCCUUCGUUUUGCGCGUGGGGAGCUGGCUCGCGUUGA